GGCAGCUGCUACACAGUACUUUUUUAUUCGCCGUGAUGAAAUCGUUGAAUGUUUUCAUUCUGGGCUUGAUCGGUCUUGCGCUGGUAUUCGAGGCCGUGGAUGCGUACUGUGUACUCGAAACUCAUUUCCCUAAACCGCAAAUAAUAACUCAUUUUGGAUCGAAGCAUUGGCUCACAGAGGCGACGACGAUAUCCCGGGACAACUAUGAAUCAAUUGAUCUGUAUUGUAGUAAAGGAUUCAGCAUAAAUUCCAAUGUUGAAUAUAAUUUGUUGAAUGAACAAAAACGCAUCAACUUGACUUGCUAUGGCGACGAAUUUCAUACAUUGUGGCAAUCAGAGGAAAUUCAGAUUGUUAAUUUAAAAUGCAUGGACAAUCAGAUUUACCCCAUGUAUGAGAGCUCCACGUCUAUGGCGGCCUGCAAUGAAUACAUGAGUCUUGUUGUUGGCCAGACCUUUGGAGAAUAUGGCUCAAUAAAAAGUGUUGCCAUAUGCUACGAUAUUGUUAAGCAGCAGCUUAAGUAUGUUAGCUACACGGCAUAUCCACCCAAAAUCAAGCUGAUAGAACAGUCAGAAGUGGGACAGCUCAACCACUUAGGUCUGGACAUUGAAGUGAUCUAUAGCAAAAAUCUGUUCAAGUCGUUCAGCUCGCUCAACAUACAUGAGGCAUUCUUAAAAGACAAACAUCUGAAGACGCUGUUCGGCAGCGACACUUUCGAAUAUGCCAACCUAAUUCAGGAUGAUGCCCUUAGAAGUGACCUCGAUCAGUUCCAGGAUAUGCUUUCAAUUGUUUGGCUGCGAGCCCUGCGCAACGGCAAUUGGCGCCAUUUUCUGAACGCCCUCAGGGAUGCGAGCGCUGAUGCCAAAUAUGAUGUCAAUGUCGGUGUCUCCGGUACAAUUGUCAUGCCCACGCUGCAUGCCUGCGAUGAUAACCGCACACUGUCCAUUGAGCUGGACUCGGGAGAUACUGUCAACGUGCCGGCACACAUCUGGGCACAUGUUCGCCCAGUGGAGCCAACUGUGAAUGGCACAGAUGAGUUCGUUCUCGUUGCCCACAAUUCACCCUUCUUCACGACCAGAGAGCGCAACGGUCUAUGCGAGAGCAUCUGCCACGAGGUGCCGUGGCUACAGAAGAGUCUCUUCAGCAGAUUACGCCACUAUCCCGUCUAUGGACUGGUCCAGUGCUGCAAAGUAAUUGAUGUUCAGCAUAAAUUGGAUCAUUUUCCCAAAUUACUCACUCCGAUGCCAGAACUUGGCCUAAAUCCCGAGAUUCCGGUAUCCACAACAACUGAAAGGGCAGUAAACAGUCUCUAAGCUAAUUACGACCAAUGAGCAUCGAUCCAUAAUGCCUGGCAUAGUUACAUACAUACAAUAUGAAAUAUCUUCUCUAAAUGGAAAAUAUAAAUCGAUUCAGAA